UGACUGCAGACCUGUGAGAGCCAGUGCCAGAGGGGCUGUGAUUGGGACUAUAGCGCAAACUGCAGGAACCACAGAGGCGCACAGAAGGAGCCUCUUUAUUUGACUCAAACUGCGCAUAAAGCGCUCUGAUGUCUCUGCGCUCAUGUCGAGACUUUCCCUGAAGGUCCCACUGCCGUGAACAAAUGAGCCAUCAGAGAACUCUGUCAGAGAAAGUUUCUGGAACCGGUGAAGUUAUGUGGCUUUUAUUCUUUCUCUCAGUGGCGUUUUCAGCCGCGCAGGACUCAGGCACGCAGGUCAGGAAUGAGGACAUCCCCGAGGGCGCAUCCACCCUGGCUUUUGUUUUCGAUGUUACCGGUUCCAUGUACGACGACCUGGUCCAAGUCAUCGAGGGAGCUUCCAAGAUUUUGGAAACAUCUCUGAGCCGACCGAAGAGACCGCUGUAUAACUUCGCUCUGGUGCCCUUCCAUGACCCAGAAAUUGGACCGGUAACAAUCACAACAGACCCAAAGAAGUUCCAGGAUGAGCUCAGAGAGUUGUACGUUCAGGGAGGUGGUGACUGUCCAGAGAUGAGCAUCGGAGCCAUCAAGAUAGCUUUGGAGAUCUCUCUACCAGGAUCAUUUAUUUAUGUUUUCACCGAUGCACGUUCUAAAGAUUAUAAACUGACCCAAGAAGUCCUGCAGCUUAUUCAACAGAAACAGUCACAGGUGGUUUUUGUGUUGACGGGUGACUGUGAUGAUAGGAAUCAUAUUGGUUACAAAGUGUAUGAGGAGAUCGCCUCUACAAGCUCUGGCCAAGUUUUCCAUCUGGACAAGAAACAGGUCAAUGAGGUUCUUAAAUGGGUAGAGGAUGCCGUGCAGUCCUCAAAGGUCAACCUGCUGUCCACUGAUCAUUUUGGCCAAGUCAGCAACACUUGGCAGAUGCCCUUUGAUCCCAGUCUAAAAGAAGUUACGGUGGCUCUCAGCGGCCCAGCGCCUAAUAUUGAAAUAAAAUCUCCACAGGGAAAGCUUUUGGGCAAGAAUGAUGGCCUCACUGAGCUUUUGCACAUUCCCAACUCAGCAAAAGUUGUCAAUAUCAAGGAGCCUCAGCCAGGAAUGUGGUCUAUCAAGACCUCAAGCAAAGGGAGACACUCAGUUCGGAUUUCAGGUCUUAGCACCAUUGAUUUCCGUGCUGGGUUUUCCAGAAAAUCCACCAUGGAUUUUAAAAUGACAUCCAGUAGGCCAGUUCAAGGCAUUCCUACUCACAUCCUUCUGAACACCACUGGACUUUCCCCUCCUGCUCGGCCUGACAGACUAGAGCUUCUUACCAUUACUGGAGAGGUUAUCAAAACUCUGCCAAUCAGGUAUUACCCAGAACAACGGCCCUACAACCUCUGGAAUAUCACAGAGUUCAUUCCACCCAAUGAGGCUUUCUUCCUGAGGGUUACAGGAUUUGAUAGCCAGGGUUUUGUGUUCCAGAGAGUAUCCAGUGUCUCCUUCUCCAGCAUUGUGCCUGAUGCACCGAAAGGGGUAAUGCCAGCCAUCACUAAUGGUUAUUACCUGCAGAGAGGAUUUAUCAGAUGCCAGGUAGAGAGUUUGCUACCCUUUACUCUGCGCUUCAGCCGAGAUGGAAAGCGACUUGGACUGGACCAACUCUUCAGUGAAUCGGGUAGCGGGUCAUGGGAAAUAGAAAAGGUCACUUUGAAAGAUGAGGGCCACUAUGAAUGCAUUGCAAUUAGCAGAGCUGGAACAGGACGAGCUCGCACCUUCCUAGAUGUUUCAGAGCCUCCUCCUGCCAUCACUGUUGAAAGAAAUGUUACUGUCUCACCUGGCAGUCAAGCCGUCCUGACCUGCCACGUAGUUAGCACCAUUGUCUUCAACCUCACUUGGCUGCGAGGCGGCUAUGACGCCCGCCUGGACCCACGAGUGAACAUACUUGCCAACCUUUCACUCCAGGUGUCUGAUGUGACCCCAGAUAAUUCAGGCUGGUAUGAGUGCAUUGCUGCAAAUGAAGGAGGAACGACUUCAGAUCGGAUAUAUCUCACAGUACAAGAGGUACCCAGAGUGUCUUUGGAGCCAAGAAACCAGACCUUUAUGAUGGGAGAUGAAGUGAGGAUCAGGUGUUCAGCCAGUGGCUAUCCUCCACCUCGUCUAGUCUGGACCCACAACGACAUGUUUAUUACUGCAUCCAACAGAUACAGGAUGACUCCUGAUGGAACCCUGGUAAUAAGAAACACAAAGGAGAAGGAUGGAGGAGUGUAUGGCUGCUUGGCCAGUAAUAGUGCUGGUACUGACACAAUGACCUCCAUCAUCACCUAUUUUGAAUUUCCUGUGGUAAGAGCAACAUUUAGAGAAGUUCUCAGUAACAUUGGAGAAACCACAGUGUUGUCCUGUUCAGCAUCUGGAAUCCCUAAGCCUGAGAUCUGGUGGUAUAAAGGUAAUGUGCAGCUACAUUCCUCCUCUCUAUUUGAGGUGGAUAAGUUAGGAGGAACACUGACCAUAAAGCAAACGCAGUUAGGGGAUGCGGGAGACUACUCUUGUGUGGCUGUCAGUGCGGCUGGCUCAUCCUCACUGAAGAUAAAUCUUGAUGUUGGAGCUACACCAAAGUUCACUCUUGAGCCAUCAAACAUGGUUGUGGACAUUGGCUCCAACGUGACUUUGUCCUGUGAAGCACAUGGGUAUCCUGAGCCCCAGCUGACAUGGAGGAGAGAGGAUGGUUCCUCUUUGUUCAACCGGCUGCAAGCACAUAGCACUGUGUCACAAAAAAAUGGGGAUCUACACAUAAAUAAUCUAUGGAUCGAAGAUGAGGCGGAGUAUAUAUGUGAGGCCAAAAAUCGCUUUGGUAGGAUCCAGACCAAAGCUAACAUCACUGUGACUGGACUUGUUAAACCUGUUAUUGCAAUGAGUCCACCUGUCAUCAGUGUGAUUGAGGACCAGCAGCUAACCCUUCCCUGUGUGCUGCUGGCUGGAAAUCCGCUGCCAGAGAGGCAAUGGCUCCAUAACUAUGGCCUGGUGACCCCAGACCAGUAUGUAACGGUGAGGAAGGAUGGUAGUCUGCAUAUUGAAAGAGUUCAGAUGGAGGAUGGGGGUGAUUACACCUGCUUGGCUGAGAACGUUAUUGGGGCCACCAACCAUACAACCACCGUUUACGUUUACGUUAUCCCUACAAUUCAACAUGGACCUCAGGUAUUUAGCACUAUCGAAGGAACACCUACAACUUUGCCAUGCCAUGCCAGCGGAGAACCAAGUCCUGACAUUACUUGGACCAAGGGUGGGGAGCUGUUAAACUUGGGUGGUCCAGCCUUCUCUUUAGAUUUAGAUGGCGGCCUCCGUAUCACUUCACCUUCUGGAAAUGAGACUGGAGAGUUUGUCUGCACAGCUACUAACGCAGCAGGAUACGCAUCGAGGAAGGUGCAGCUCACAGUCUAUGUGCGACCAAGACCCCGGGGUGGUGUUGCUGGAGGUUUACGAGACCCUGUGAGGAUGUCAGUGAUCAAGGGGGAGGAUAUCACUUUACCAUGUGACGUUCACAGUGUUCCACCACCUUCUAUCAGCUGGGCAAAAGAAAAACAGCUCAUUUCCCCAUUUUCCUCAAGGCAUCUGCAGCUUCCAUCUGGAUCGAUGAAGAUCCUGGAGACCAGAGCUUCAGACAGUGGACUCUAUGUUUGUGUUGCUUCAAACCUCGCUGGUAACGUGACGUUGUCCAUAGAGCUGAGUGUUUUAGUUCCUCCUAAAAUCCACCCAGGUCCAAAGGUGAUAAAGGUGCAGGUUGGCCAUAAAGUAGAGCUGGGUUGCAUGGUGUCAGGGGUCCCAGAGCCUACUCUCAGCUGGACCAAAAAUAACAAAAGUUAUCCUGUGUCACGUGAUGGAAGUCUGACACUUUCGGAUAUCAAGCGUGAGGAUGAAGGAAUCUACACAUGCACAGCCACUAACACUGCCGGCCAGGACCAGGCUCAAGUUAAGGUUCAAGUUCAAGCGCCUCCUGUUGUCGAGGUUGCAGAACCCCCUUUCAACAGCCCCCUGCAGGAAAGGGUUUUGAACCAACGCAUUGCAUUCCCCUGCCCUGCCAAAGGUCUACCUAAGCCAGUCAUCAGUUGGUUGCGUAAUGGUCAAGAACUGACAGGCAAUGAGCCUGGAGUGUCUAUCCUGGAUGAUGGUACUCUGCUGAUACUUGCUGCUGUUUCGCCUCUGGAUGACGGAGAGUAUGUCUGCACUGCAGCUAAUGAUGCUGGGUCCACUGAGAAAAAGUACCAGCUCAAAGUUAACGUACCACCGGAUUUCCGUGAUGGGGACAGACCAAGCAACACAUCAGUAAUCCUAAACGAGCCAGUCGACUUGGAGUGUGAUGUCACGGGAAGUCCAAAACCUGUCAUCACCUGGUAUAAAGACGGCACUCCUGUUGUUACCAGUAACAGCAUCCAGAUUCUUGACAUGGGAAAAACCCUGAAACUGCUGAGGGCAGAAACAGCUGACGCAGGCAGCUACAGCUGUGAGGCCAUUAACAUCGCAGGCAGCAGAGAAAAAAUCUUUGUUUUGGACGUACUUGUCCCACCAACAAUUGUAGGAUCUGGUUUUCCUCAGGAUGUUUCUGCGAUUGUCAAACAAGAAGUCCUUCUCGAAUGCAAGGUGCAGGGUUCACCAUUUCCCACAAUUCAGUGGUACAAAGGCAGAAGGUUGGUGUUUCUUGGUGAUCCAAAUCUGAAAGUCAUGAAUAGAGAUCAGGUGUUGAGGAUAAAAGCUGCUCGUCUUGGAGACCAAGGUCACUACCAGUGCAGCGUCACGAACGCAGCUGGAAAACAGUCCAAAGACUUCAACCUUAGCGUCUAUGUACCUCCUGCCAUCAUUGGAGGCAACACAACUUUGGAUGUGACAGCACUGCUGGACACAACGGUAACACUGGAGUGUGAGGUACGUGGUGUGCCGCCCCCCACCAUCACUUGGUACCGCAGAGGAGAGGCCAUCAUGUCCGGCAGACAUGCUCAGUAUGUAGAGAGAGGCCUCCGCCUGAAGAUCCCACGAGUGCAGGCGUCUGACGCUGGACAGUACACCUGCAAGGUUAACAACCUGGCUGGGAGCGCAGAGAAGAGCUUUAAUCUGGACGUCUACAGGCCUCCUACCAUCACAGGUGUGGAGGAUGAGCCCAUUGAGAGGAAAGUGGUCCUCGGUAAGCAUCUGAUCCUGGAGUGUCAGGCGGCAGGUCAUCCUCCACCCUCCCUCACCUGGCUGAAAGACGGAGUCCCUGUGCGUCAUGGAGAAAGUGUCAGUCUUUCAGAGCAGGGAAGGAAAUUAGAAAUCCUCUCAGCCAGCAUGUCAGAUGCAGGACGUUACAUCUGUGUGGCUACAAGCAUUGCUGGAGAGAAGGAGGUCAAAUAUGAUGUCAAAGUUUUAGUUCCUCCUUUCAUUGAUGGAGCUGAUGUGGUGACAGAGAGCACAGUAAUGAUUAACACUCCUUUGGAGCUGGAGUGUCACGCCACCGGGUCAGCUGCACCCGCCAUCAUGUGGUACAAAGAUGGAAAACGACUCCGAUCUGGAGAAGGGUUGAGGAUUGCAGCCAACGGGAGACGACUGAUUAUUUCCCGCGCUCAGAUCUCUGACUCAGCUCAUUUUCUGUGUCUGGCCACAAACAAGGCUGGAGUCCAUGAGAGGAGCUUCAAUGUGACUGUCCAAGUUCCUCCAUCUAUGCGUUUGAACGGGCCUGUCGAUCGCUCAGUGAUUCUUCACAAACCGAUCAGUUUGGACUGCAUCUCCAGUGGCAUCCCUCCCCCUAGUAUUACCUGGCUUAAAGAUGGCCAACCUGUGGUCACAGCGGAGGAGCACAUCAAGCUGCAGUCAGCAGGCAGGACUCUACAAAUCACAGAAGCAAGACUAGAAGAUUCUGGGAGAUACACCUGCCUGGCCACAAACGCAGCCGGAGAAGCUCAACAGCAUAUUCGACUGAGUGUCCAUGAGCCUCCCAGCAUCCCCCUCUCUGAAGACAUCAUCAACCAGACUAUUCUGUCAGGCUUUCCCACUGAGCUGGAGUGCAAAGCCUCAGGAAGUCCAUUACCUGCUGUAACGUGGUAUAAAGAUGGCCGCCCUCUCACUGGUGCUGCUGGUGUCUCAAUCCGGAAGCGUGGCCAAGUGCUGGAGAUCCAACAAGCCCAGCUGUCCGAUGUGGGGAUGUACAGAUGUGUGGCUGUUAACCUGGCUGGGGCUGCAGAGAAAUUGUACAGUCUGCAAGUGUUCGUCCCUCCAGAAAUCUCCAGUAGAGGUGGUACAGUCACAGCUGUGGUGAAUGAAGCUGUGAAGCUGCAGUGUGAGGCGUCCGGGGUUCCUGUGCCCAGUCUGACCUGGUUAAAAGACGGGAGCCCCGUGGCAAGUCUUUCACAUGGCAUACAGUUGGCGUCUGCUGGCAGGGUGCUUUCUCUGAGCAGUGCACAGGUCAGUGACACUGGUAGAUACACCUGUGUGGCUGUGAAUGCUGGAGGAGAACAACAAAGGGAGUACGAUCUGAGGGUGUAUGUUCCACCAAACAUCAAAGGGGAGGAGGUGAAUUCAACCGUGAUGCUCGGUGGUCCAGUAAAGCUGCACUGCCACAGCAACGCAGUUCCUCCCCCAACCCUGUCCUGGAGAAAAGAUGGCCGUCCUAUUUUAAACAAACCUGGUCUGAUCGUCUCUGCAGACGGAAGUUUUUUAAAGAUUGAUGGCGCUCAGCUGCAGGAUUCAGGAAGGUACACAUGUGAAGCUACUAAUGUUGCUGGAAAAACUGAGAAGAACUAUAACUUGAUUGUUUGGGUUACUCCCAGUAUCCGUGGCUCUCAGGAGGUAACGCCUAUGACUGUAAUUGAAGGAAGUUUUCUCACUCUUUUGUGUGAGUCCAGUGGCAUUCCACCUCCCAGCCUAAAGUGGAUGAAAGACGGUUAUGCCCUAAACCCAGACCAGCGGCUCAGGGUUUUGUCUGGAGGGCGUCAGCUGCAGAUCUCAAGGGCUGAGAGAGUAGAUGUUGGUUCUUACACCUGCACAGCUUCCAGUGCUGCUGGCAGCAUCUCAAAGGAAUACAGCCUGCAGGUUUAUGUUCGUCCUUCCAUCAGACGCAGUGAAGACCACAGUAAUGAUGUCACAGUGACAAAAGGAGGCGAUGUGACGUUACAUUGUGCUGCAGAAGGCAUCCCACGACCCACGGUGACUUGGCUGAAGGAUGGACGGCCCAUAGAGGACCAGCAUGGUGCAAAGGUCCUAAAUGAGGGCAGGUUGUUGCAGAUUAACGAUACUAAGGUGUCAGACACUGGACGUUACACCUGCAUUGCUGUUAAUGUAGCAGGACAGGCGGACAGCAAGCAUGACAUCACUGUGAAUGUCCCACCUGCUAUAACUGGUCAGGGGCCGUUCCCAGAAAAUGUGAGCGUUGUCAUAAAAAACCCAGCCUCUCUAAACUGUGAGGCUUCUGGUAUUCCAUUACCCUCCAUCUCCUGGCUGAAGGAGGGUCUGCCAGUCAAGGCAACUAAUUUGGUGCGCAUCGUCUCAGGGGGUCGUAGUCUACGUCUGUUGCACACAGCAGUGGAGGAUGCUGGGAUGUAUACUUGCGUUGCCUCUAACAGCGCUGGAGAAGAGCGGAAGAACUUCGACCUUGAUGUUUUAGUUCCACCAAGUAUUUCAAACGCCGGAACAGUUAUGGAUGCUAAAGUAAAGGAGAAACAAAACAUCACUCUCACCUGUGAAGCAUCAGGUAACCCUCCACCAGAGAUUAAAUGGCUGAAGGAUGGACAACCGUUGGUCCCUGACCGACGACAGCAGAUCCUGUCAUAUGGACGUUUCCUCCAAAUCUUUGAGGCCCAGGUUGCAGACACUGGAAGAUACAGUUGUGUUGCAUCAAACAGUGCAGGGGAACAGAGACAGCAUUUCAACCUCAAUGUUCUGGUUUCUCCGACCAUUGCUGGUUCAGGUCCUAACAUUUCUGCAGAGGUAGUAACAGUGACCCUGAGCAGCCCCACCUCACUUCUUUGUGAGGUGCAGUCCUACCCCCCCGCUUUGAUCACCUGGCUUAAAGAUGGGGCUCCGUUUGAAUCCGCUCGCAAUAUUCGAGUUCUUCCAGGCGGGCGAACACUGCAGAUUCUUAAUGCUAAGAAGGAGGAUGCGGGCAGGUACACCUGCGUAGCUACUAAUGAAGCUGGGGAGACUUUGAAGCACUAUGAGGUCAAAGUGUAUGUUCCUCCACUGAUUGAUAAGAAUGAUAUCCCCGGGGAGGGACGUACCCCUAAAGAAAUAAAGAUAAAAAUGAACAGCACACUGACUCUGGAGUGUUUCGCUCAGGCGUUUCCUACUCCAGCACUGCAGUGGUACAAAGAUGGACAGAUCCUGUUGGUAGACAACCAUGUUUCCAUCAUGGCCAAUGGUCGCAUUGUUCAGAUCAAACACGCCCAAGUGUCGGACACUGGCCGCUAUACCUGUAUUGCCACCAACAUAGCUGGAGAGGACGAGAAGGACUUUGAUGUAAAUAUUCAAGUUCCACCCAGUUUCAACAGAGCCGGUGCUUCACCAGUCCCAGGCUCUGGAGGGGAUCUUCAUGAUGUGAUACUGAGCAAUCCGAUCUCUCUGUACUGUGAGACAAAUGCUGUGCCCCCUCCAACCCUUACGUGGUACAAAGAUGGACACCUGCUUACCUCUAAUGAUAAAGUUUUAAUUUUACCCGGUGGGAGAGUGUUACAAAUCCCCAGGGUACAACUUAAAGACUCUGGCAGGUACACUUGUGUGGCCAUCAAUGAUGCAGGAGAAGACUCUAUCCAGUACAAUGUUCGAGUCCUAGUACCUCCAAGCAUUAGAGGUUCAGACAGGGACGCUCCCAGUGAAGUUAUCGUCUUGGUCAACAAAACCGCCCAACUGGACUGUUACGUGGAUGGAAACCCUACCCCCAACAUCACGUGGUUUAAGGAUGGUCAGCUGACGAGCUCAGAGGGACCACACAGUGUUUUGUUCAAUGGACGAACCCUUCAGGUUUUGAAUGCUCAGGUUUCUGAUACAGGACAGUACGUGUGUGUGGCGGAAAACGCUGCUGGAAGUGCAGAGAAACACUUUAAUCUGAACGUUCACGUACCUCCUACAAUUGUUGGUGUGAAUCCAGAGAAUGUGACAGUGGUGGUGAACAACCUGGUGUCCCUCACCUGUGAAGCCAGUGGCUUCCCGCCUCCCACACUGAGCUGGCUUAAUGACAAGGAGCCCAUACAGGCUAAAAGCAAUGCUCUCGUCAUGCCAGGAGGACGGACGUUACAGAUCCUUAAAGCAAAGGUGUCUGAUGCUGGAAAGUACAGCUGUGUGGCUAUAAAUACAGCAGGACAAGCUUACAAACACAUCUAUCUCACCGUCUACGUUCCUCCAAGUAUCAGGGGAAGUAUUGGAGACCUUCCUGUCGAGGUUAAUAUUGUGGUUGGAAAAUCUGUAACCUUAGAGUGUGAGUCCAACGCCGUCCCCCCUCCUGUGAUCACCUGGUAUAAGAAUGGCCGAAUGGUGACAGAAACGUCAGAUUUACAAAUUCUGUCAGGGGGACAAAUGCUUCAGAUGAAACGCUCUGAGCUGUCUGAUACAGGCCAGUAUGUUUGCAUGGCUUCAAAUAUUGCUGGACACGUGAACAAGAACUUCCACUUGAAUAUCCAUGUUCCUCCACGAAUUGACGGCUCAGCAGAGGAGAGUAUUGUGGAAACUAUCAGUAACCCAGUUACUUUCACAUGUGACGCUACUGGAAUCCCUCCACCCAGUCUCACAUGGCUUAAAAAUGGACACCCUAUAGAGAACUCAGAAUCCCUGGAGGUGAAUAUCUUCUCAGGAGGCAACAAAUUACAGAUAGCACGGCUGCAGCUCCCUGACAGUGGAACCUAUACAUGUGUGGCCUCUAAUGUUGAGGGUAAAGCACAGAAGAGUUAUCACCUCACCAUACAAGUUCCACCCAGUAUCUCUGGAUCAGAAAUGCCCAGCGAGAUCGGAGUCCUGGUAAACCAAAGCAUUGAUCUGGUUUGUGAAGCUCAGGGAACCCCAACUCCAACAGUCCACUGGCUGAAAGAUGGAGAAGCCAUCAACAGUACAGCAAACAAAAGUCUCAGGGUUAGCCCUGAUGGUAAAACUCUAAUUGUGACCCAAGCAGACCCUGCUAUCAGUGGGAAGUACACUUGUGUCGCCACCAAUGCUGCUGGAGAGGAGGGCAGGAUAUUUAAUCUGCAUGUAUAUGAGCGCCCAGCUAUACUCAGCAGCAGUGAUGCCGUUGAGAUUCUGACCACGGUUCUGGACAGUUCUGUCAGUAUUGAGUGUGUUGCUACUGGGUCGCCUCAACCACAGCUAAACUGGCUGAGAAAUGGGCUGCCUCUCCCAGUCUCUUCCAACAUAAGGCUCCUCUCUGCUGGACAAGUUCUCCGGAUUACCCGAGUCCAGGUGUCUGAUGGUGGAAGCUAUACAUGUGUGGCAUCUAACCGAGCAGGAGUCGACAACAGACAGUAUAAAUUGCAGGUUCACGUUCCUCCGGGUUUGGAAGGAGCAGGAACCAUAGAGGACGUGACUGUAAUUAAAGGAAGUGUGGCGUCUUUGGCGUGUAUCGCUGAUGGCAGCCCAACUCCUGCCAUUUCCUGGCUCAGAGAUGGAGUGAUUUUACCAGCUGACCACGGCCUCAGUCUCCUCAGACUGAACACAACCUUACAGCUCAACAGUGUCCAAGUUAAUCACACCGGACGCUACAGCUGCUUGGCUAAUAACAACGCUGGUCAAGCAAGCCGCCACUUUAACCUGAAGGUUCUGGACCCUCCACACAUCAGGAGCUCUGAUCAACCAGUAGAAGUUUCUGUAGUGGUUAAUAAUGUCCUGGAGCUACUCUGUGAGGCCACAGGCAUCCCAACUCCCACCCUGACCUGGCUGAAGGACGAACGGCCGCUCCCACGGACAGAAAGUCUGCGUCUCCUCCGUGGAGGAGAGAUACUCCGUGUGACCUCAGCACAGCUGGAGGACACUGGCAGAUACAGCUGCUUAGCCAGUAGCCCAGCAGGAGACGAUGACAAGGAGUUUUUGGUUCGAGUUCACAUUCCUCCUAACAUUUCUGGUGAAAGUGCACCUCAGCAUCUGUCAGUGCUGCAGAACGGCCAGGUGACUUUGGAAUGCAAGUCAGAGGCUGUUCCACCUCCAACUCUCACCUGGCUGAAAGAUGGCACACCAUUACAGAUCUCACCACGACUGCGGAUUCUGUCUGGUGGACGCUAUUUACAGAUCAACAUGGCGGUGCUCUCUGACGCGGCUCAGUAUACCUGUGUGGCAAGAAACAUCGCUGGAAAGACCACUCGACUGUUUAAUCUAACUGUCAAUGUGCCUCCAACUAUCAAGGAUGGAUCUCAGAUGGUGUCAGCACACGUCAGCAAGCCAGUGGCUCUCGAAUGUGAAGUCAGCGGAGUCCCGCCGCCUCGAGUCACAUGGAGGAAAAAUGGAGCAAUAAUAGCAGAAAACAAUCCGAGAUAUACAUUUUCAGAGGAAGGAUCUUUACACAUCCACUCGGCUCAGGUGACGGACACAGGACGCUACCUGUGCAUGGCUACAAAUCAAGCUGGUACUCAGCGCAAGAGGUUGGAUCUUCAGGUUUAUGUUCCACCUUCGAUCGCAAAAAGUCGCACCAAUGUGACAGUAAUGGUCAACAUGCAGACCACCUUACCCUGUGAGGUCAGUGGCAUUCCCAAACCUUCUGUCAGCUGGCACAAGAAUGGUCGAACCCUCAGCACAGACCAGAAUCAGAGCAUGUACAGAUUACUCUCAUCGGGCUCCUUGGUGAUUAUGGCUCCAACAGUAGAGGACACCGCAGAGUAUAAAUGUGUGGCCUUUAAUGAAGCAGGAGAGGAAUUCCGAUCCAUUACUCUUUCUGUUAAUGUUCCACCAUCUAUAGCAGAUGAACCUACAGAUCUAGUUGCUACCAGACUGUCCCCAGUGGUCAUCGCUUGUACUGCAACCGGAGUGCCAGAACCUGCGAUCCACUGGACCAAAGACGGCAUGAAGCUACAAGAUAAGGGGGAAGGAUACAGCAUUUUGCCAACAGGUCAUGUAGAAAUUCCUUCUGCUCAGCUCAGUCACGCUGGACGCUACACCUGCACGGCUAAAAAUAUUGCAGGCUCCACUCAUCGACAUGUGCAGCUUACUGUGCAGGAACUCCCAGUGAUCCAGUUCAAUCCCUCCACACUGGAUGUGAUAUACAACACCCCCGUUACUUUGCCCUGCAGAGCCACAGGCUCACCCAGACCCACCAUUACCUGGCAAAAGGAGGGCAUCAACAUUCCCACCUCUGGUGGAAGUUACACUAUUCUUCCUGAUGGAAGUCUCCAGAUCUCCAAGGCAUCUCUGUCAGACUCUGGAACCUUUAUUUGUGUGGCACAAAACUCUGCAGGCACUGCAUUGGGCAAGACCAAACUGAGAGUACAAGUUGCUCCAGUGAUUCAUCCAGACACCAGGGAGUACCUUGCACCUUUGGACUCCUCUGUGACCCUUCAAUGCCAGGCUGCAGGCUCCCCUCCACCCUCCAUCACAUGGCAUAAAGACGGGCAGCUGCUGAUCAGCUCCAUACGCCAGCGGGUGCUGAGCUCAGGAUCCCUGCAGAUUGCCUUCGUUCAACAGAGCGAUGCUGGACAAUACACUUGCACUGCUGCCAAUCCUGCAGGAACCGACAGCUUGGAUAUAAGAGUCACUGUACAGAUUCCUCCCUCCAUCCGCCGUGGUGAACAGGAGGUUGUUGUUGUGGAAAAAAGCCAUGCUCAGCUGUCAUGUGUGGCAGAAGGUAUUCCACAACCCAAACUGUCCUGGGAAAAAGAUGGGAGUCCUCUCAACGAAAGCCGAGGGGAGUACACCAUUCUGCCAUCUGGGGAGCUGGUUAUCGACAGUGCUCAGCCAGAAGACGCUGGCAGUUAUACAUGUGUUGCAACAAAUUCAGUUGGGGAGGACAGCUGGACGAUGACGCUGUCGGUUCAUACGCACCCCUACUUCACCCAGCUGCUUGCAGAUGUUGCUCUUAACAAAGGAGAGCGGCUGCUGUUGAACUGUGGUGUCGGUGGAAUCCCACCACCCACAAUUAAAUGGACCAUGAACAAUAAAAUUAUCCCAGUUCACCAUAGUCCUAUGAUUGGUCACAGUGAGCUUCUGAUAGAAAGGGUCAGUAAAGAGGACUCUGGCACCUACACCUGUGUGGCUGAAAACAGUGUGGGAAGCAUUAAGUCCCUGGGAUACGUCUAUGUUAAAGAGCCUCCAAUCAUCGAUGGAGACCUUUACUCCAACCGAAUUGAACCUCUCGGCGGUAAUGCCAUCCUGAACUGUGAGGUCCGAGGAGACCCUCUGCCAACCAUCCAGUGGAGCAAAAAUGGCAUAAACAUCCAGAUCAACAACCGAAUCCGUCAGCUGGAUAAUGGCUCUCUGGCCAUCUAUGGCACAGUCAGUGAAGAUGCAGGCAGCUACAUGUGUGUAGCAACAAAUGAUGCUGGGGUGGUGGAAAGAAGUAUCACUCUCACACUGCAGAGUGCACCUAUUAUAACUUUAGAGCCAGUUGGAACUGUGGUGGAUGCAGGUACGACUGUUGUUCUUAACUGUAAGGCAGAGGGUGAGCCUACGCCUGUGAUAGAGUGGUCCAAAAAUGCACGCCCCCUGCUGGCAAAUGACCGCUUCUCCACCUUGUCUAAUGGCUCCCUCCGGAUCACCAGUGCCCAAAAGGAGGACACUGCUGAAUAUGAAUGUGUGGCCAGGAACUUGCUCGGCUCGGUGCUGGUCAGUGUCUCUCUUACUGUACGAGUCCAUGGGGGAUAUUCAGAGUGGACAGAGUGGGGCCUCUGCAGCGUAUCCUGUGGUGCAGGGAUUCAGAAAAGAGUCAGGCAGUGUAAUAAUCCGUUACCUGCUAACGGAGGCCGACGCUGUGCAGGAUCAAGCACAGAAACACGCAGCUGUCGAGGAAAACCAUGUCCAGUGGACGGUAACUGGUCACAGUGGUCUCCCUGGGAGGAGUGUUCCCAAACCUGUGGCCAGGGCAACAAAACAAGGAUCCGGAGCUGCAGUAAUCCACCCCCUCAAAACGGGGGCAGGCCAUGUCUCGGGAAAGCCGUGGAAGCCAUUAUGUGCAGUGUCAGACCAUGUCCAGUGUCAGGAAACUGGGGUUCUUGGUUAUCGUGGAGUCCAUGUAGUGAGACCUGCGGGAAGGGGAUACAGUCCAGGAUCAGACUGUGCAACAACCCCCCUCCAGCAUUUGAUGGCACGCAGUGUGAGGGGACAGACACCCAGUCACGGGUGUGCAAAGAGAGACCUUGUCCUGUGCAUGGAAAGUGGUCCUCAUGGAUGAGCUGGGGGCCCUGCAGUGUAUCGUGUGGUGGUGGUAGCAGACAGCGGACACGCCUCUGUGCAAGCCCUGCUCCUCAGCAUGGCGGCAGAAAAUGCGAGGGCAAUGAUGUGCACACUGAUUUCUGUAAUGGUGACCCAUGUCCCAUCAGUGGUAACUGGGGACAGUGGAGUAACUGGGGCAGCUGCAGCAAGACAUGUAAUGGAGGUCAGAGGAGGCGCUACAGGACCUGUGAUAACCCUAGACCUGCUUACGGUGGGAGGGCUUGUCCAGGAGCUGAUUCAGAGAUGCAGAAAUGUAGCACUGCUGACUGCCCGGAGGAUGGUAACUGGGGGUCAUGGCAGCCAUGGGGCAGCUGCUCCGCUUCCUGUGGAGGAGGAGAAAGGACACGUGUCCGACUUUGCAAUAGCCCAUCUCCUAGUAACGGUGGUCGGCCUUGUCCAGGGGACCCCACUCAGGUAUCCAGGUGCAACAAUCAGGCAUGCCCAGGUGGACCAAAGAAAAGUCGAGGAAGCAUCACAGGAAAUAUAAAUGACAUUGAGUUUGGAAUCUCCCUCCUAAAUGCCACCAUCACUGAGAACAACUCUGGCAGCAAAACCAUCAAAGCUACUGUUUCAAAUGUACCAAGAACAUUGGGUCCUGCAAUGAGGAAACUCAUCUCCAUACUUAACCCCAUCUACUGGACCACGGCACAGGAAAUAGGAGAGGCUGUUAAUGGUUACACCCUGACAGGUGGGAUUUUCAGGCGAGAGACCCAGGUGGAGUUUGCUACAGGUGAAAUUCUGAGGAUGACCCACAUUGCUAGAGGCUUGGACUCCGAUGGUGCUUUGCUUCUGGACAUUGUGGUUAAUGGCCAUAUCCUGCAGCUGCCUUCACAUGUGGACAUCAACAUCAAGGACUACACAGAGGACUAUAUUCAGACCGGGCCGGGUCAGCUUUACGCUCUCUCCACCCGCAUGUUCACAGUUGAUAAGGAAAAUGUGCCCUACUCCUGGAACCAUACCAUCUCAUAUGAUCUAACAAAAGGAAAGAUGCCCUUCCUAGUUGAAAUGCUCCAUGCCACCGCCAUCAGUGCUCUCUACCACCCCCAAGAGGAAGUGUUGGAAUACAGCAUCCAGGCCAGAAUCACUAAAGGGGAUCGCAGUAACCAGUGUCCUCAUGGCUUUACUUUGGUGUCCGCUGGGCCUUACUGUGCAGAUGAAAAUGAAUGUGAAGUUGGGAAUCCAUGCUCUCAUAGCUGCCAUAACACCAUAGGGACCUACUACUGCUCCUGUCCACAUGGCCUCACCAUCUCUGCUGAUGGCAAAACCUGCCAAGACAUCGAUGAGUGUUCCCUGGAUAGAAACGUGUGCCAUGGUGGACAAGACUGUGAAAACACCAUUGGUUCUUAUAAAUGUAUGAUGCACUGUGGGCGUGGCUUCAGGAGAACGGUGGACGGUCUCAGCUGCACUGAUGUGGACGAGUGUUUGGAAUCCCAUCCAUGUCAUCAGCAGUGUAUGAAUACCAUAGGAAGCUAUCGUUGUGCGUGUGAACCAGGCUUUCAGCUCAGGAACAGACGGUGUAUAGAUAUAAACGAGUGCAGGCAGCGGGUUUGCCGUUUGGAUCAACAAUGUAAAAACACACGGGGGGGUUACACCUGCAUUGACCUUUGUCCAAAUGGUAUGACCAAAAGCAUCAAUGGUACAUGUGUGGAUGUCGAUGAGUGCAGGGACGGGACCCACCAGUGCAGAUACAACCAGAUCUGUGAAAACACCAGAGGAAGCUACCAUUGCACGUGUCCACAUGGUUUUAGAUCUCAGGGAGUUGGACGCCCAUGUGUCGACAUAAAUGAGUGUGAACGACUCCCUCAGCCCUGUGCCCAUCAGUGCAUCAACACUCCUGGUAGCUUCAAGUGCACUUGCCCACCAGGGCGCUACCUGCUGGGAGAUGGCAAGUCCUGCGCAGGGCUGGAACGUCUACCCAGCUACGAAAGUUACUCAUAUGGCUACCGCACGUCUCAGUCCUCUCCUGAACAAAGACCGAGCCAGCGGCUGUACCACAGCUUUGCUUCUCACAGCUACAACUCCUAUACUGGCACCACAAGCAGGCGCUACAUCAACCGUAAUCGGAGGGAGGCUCUCAAAAACCCCUCGAGGCUUGAUAUCCACACUUGUAAGGAAGGUUUUGAGUCCAGAGGUGGCAUCUGUCUAGAUAUCAAUGAGUGUGAAGUGAGGGACACGUGCCAGCAUGAGUGUGUGAACACCCCAGGGAGCCACCGGUGUAUCUGUCCUGCUGGUUACCACCUGAUGACUAAUGGGAAGACGUGUCAAGAUAUAGAUGAGUGCCUGGAGCAGAACAUUCGCUGUGGGGCAAAUCGGAUGUGCUUCAACACAAGAGGAAGUUACCAGUGCAUCGACACACCCUGUCCUCCAAACUAUCAGAGGGAUCGAGACACAGGGUUCUGCUUGAAGAGCUGCCUACCAAACGACCUGGAGUGUGCGCUGAGUCCAUACGCGUUAGAAUACAAGCUGCUGUCUCUUCCCUUCGGCAUCGCAGCCAACCAGGACCUCAUCCGGUUGGUGGCCUACACACAGGACGGCGUGAUGCACCCCAGAACCAGCUUCCAGGUGGUGGACGAGGACGCCUCGUUACCCUUCGCCCUGCGAGACGAAAACAUGAAGGGUGUUUUGUUCACCACCAGACCUCUAAGAGAGCCCCACACGUACCGCAUGAAGGUACGAGCGCUCUCCUACAGCGAGGACGGCGCCGUGGAGUACCAGACAACCUUCAUCGUAUACAUCGCCGUCUCUGCCUACCCUUACUGAGAACACUUUAAAUGGAGAUGAAGUUUGGCGGUUAAACCUCAGCUUGUGGAUCAGUGUGGCGGGAGAGAGAUGACGUUGUUUCUGGACGUGUUGCUCCAUGUUGGACAGACUGAUGUUGCUUUUAGGACAGUGAGUGCAUCCAGUUCUGAUGAGCUAUGGAUGUAAAUGUAAGCGGAAUAUGAGAGACCGGAGAAACAGGGACAAAACCGAUCCAUUAUUUUCUGUUACCCCAUUCAUUCUGUAUAGAACUGUUUAGCUUUUUUAUAUUUUGUCUUAAAAUGUUCUCAUUUCAUUCAUAUUUAUUUAUAAGGAACAGUUUCCUCAUAGUGAGUAUGUAAUUCCUCUACCCACUGCAUCAGGGUUAAACAAAUACAACUAUCUACAACUGAACUUCA